UUUUUGCACUACGUGCUUCCAUACACCACUCCUAAGUACACCCGUCCUUCAUCCGAGAGACGAUGACUGAAGGUAAAAGAAAGCGACAAGCAGAGGAAGUAGAAGUCGAGAAUGACGUUCAACCGAAAAGGCGGAACAAGCAGCGUGUUUUGAUGCUCUCUUCUCGGGGUAUCACACACCGGAUGAGACAUCUCAUGAGCGACUUGGAAGCACUCUUGCCCCAUGUCAAAAGAGAAUCUAAGUUGGAUUCAAAGUCGCAUCUACAUCUGCUGCCCGAGUUGGCCGACUUGCACAAUUGCAAUAAUACGCUUUAUUUUGAGGCACGGAGACACGAAGAUUUGUACUUGUGGGCUGCGAAAACCCCAAACGGCCCAAGCAUAAAAAUGCACGUCUUGAAUGUGCAUACCAUGGACGAACUCAAGAUGACAGGAAACUGCCUGAAGGGGAGCAGGGGUAUACUGAGUUUUGACAAGGCAUUUGACGAGACGGAGUGGGGUCGGAUGACCAAGGAACUUUUCACCCACAUAUUUGGCGUUCCUCCGCUCGCAAGGAGGGCAAAACCUUUCAUAGACCAUGUUUUAUCAUUCUCCAUACUCGACAACAAAAUUUGGUUCAGGAAUUUUCAGAUUCUUGAAAAAGAUCCCCAACAACCAAAUGGGCCACCGAAGAUGUCAUUGGUUGAAAUCGGUCCUCGGUUUGUCCUAACUCCGAUACGGAUAUUUGAGGGGGCUUUCAGUGGCGCAACUGUCUACUCUAACCCAGAAUUUGUCACUCCUGCGGCGGUUCGAUCCAUGCUGAGGCAGAGGAAGGGGGACAGGUACCGGGAUCGCAAAGAUGCCCAGGAAGAGAGUGCCCGGAGGAAGGAGUUGCGCCGCAGGGAAGAAGACGCCUUGAGUGUGCCAAAGAUUUUCGCGUGACGGCUAGUAUCAGGAUGUGUGCCAGUACGACAUGGCUGUCGCGUAGUCGCCUUUUUCCGACGAGGAGUACUAGUGAUAUAUAACAUUAACAGACGAAGA